AUUUAAAUCAAUUUCAAAUUUUUUUUAUUAAAUUUUUGGAAUAAAUCGAAUUUUGAUGAUUCAAGGAACGCAUAAAAUUGUAUGCCAAGGCGUUGAAGCUAUAAAAUUGGAUACUUGUUAAGGUUUGGGUUGAGCAGCAAAUUUAGAAAGAAAAAGAGUAGAGUAUGAGUUUGUUGAAGAUAUACAAGUUUUUUCUGCACGGGGUGUUGAAGCUAGCUGGGAUAAGCCCUAGAAAGAUAGACAUCGAGCCAGGAACGGUAGUCAAAAUUUGGGUCCCAACACAGACCACCACAAAGCCAGCCGUAGUCUUCCUACAUGGCUUUGCCUUUGACGGUAUCCUAACAUGGCGGUUUCAGGCGUUAGCUUUGGCCAACCACUACUCCGUUUACGUCCCCGAUUUCGUCUUCUUCGGCGAUUCCAUCACCGACAAGAGUGAGAGGUCGGUGCAGCUCCAAGCUGAGUGCAUAGCCAAAGGGUUGAAGAAACUGGGUGUCCAAAAAUGUACCCUGGUCGGUUUUAGUUAUGGAGGAAUGGUUGGUUUCAAGAUGGCUGAGAUAUACCCUGAGUUGGUCCACUCUAUGGUGGUCACCUGCUCCCUAUGGCCUUGACUGAGUCCAUCAGCAAAGCCCGACUCCACCGUCUCGGGCUCAAUAGCUGGCCAGAUUUUUUGCUCCCUGACUCAGUCCAGGGCGUCGAAACCCUCAUGCAACUUGCU